AUGUCUACCGGAGACCCUGGGUCCCCACUGCCGGCACCGCCACCACCGGUAUCCGCCACCAGCGUCCAGCCCCCCCGCGACCGGAUCCCGAUAAGCUCGAAGAAGACGCAAGUCACGGGCCCCGCCACCGCCGCACCCAACUAUGCUGCCGCUGCGAGUCAGAUGGCGACUCAAACACCUGAACAACAGAAACAACAACAACAGCGUGCCAAGGCUCUGGGCAGCCUCCUACAAGCCAUGGGUGCUGUACCCGGAAACCGCAUGGAUCGCUGGGUCCAGGCCAUCUACUUUGCCGAACUCUACCCCGUCGCCACCGCCACAUCGCUGAAAUUUUCGGCCUUGAACGCGAACCGGUCCGUCGAGAACAUCUUCGAUUACACCCUUGAAGUGACUCUGUCUCACCAGAGCGCCUCGCGAGCGACUCAUGCCGACAAGAUCGAUCUCGUGGCCUGCGUCACGAGGCUGCUAUCGCCCAUCUCUCCUAUCUGCUUUGAGCCUGGAGUUCCUCUGCCGGACCAUCUUGCGGCUUAUCAACCACAGAUCUUAGGCGUACAACAUUCAUCAAUCCUGCGUAAUGGGGCGGCUCACCAUCGCGUUACGGUUGGGUUCGUCACCGGCGAGGCACGUGACGCGGCGCUCACGACGCCCCCCGCUCUCACUUGGCGAUCGGCGAAGGCCCGCUUCGCGAAGUCUCACAGGUUCCACCAUAACAUGGUCGAGCUUCGAAUCAACGUCGGUGUUCAAGGAGUGCCCUCCAUGGAUGCCAUCAUCAAAUUGUUCCAAUCACUUGUGCAAGACCUGUCAGGCAAGGGACAUUCAUGCCAACUUGUGCAGGUUCUGCGCGUUAUCAGCGUGGACAACGCCUCGGCCUUCGCCCACGUUGCCGGAGACUACUCGGCUUUCCUACACUUCGAUGACGACUCCCUAUUCCAACGCCCCAACACGACCUUGAAGGAGAUUCUACCUUCGAGGAUCGACCUUCCCACUCGAGGCAUCCCGGUUACCGCCCUUCGCCAUGACUAUGAGAAGGAGGCGGCUUGCGGUAGGUGCCACUUUGUGGGUCACGUGGGAACCUGCGGACUGGAUCAGGAGAGGAAGCGGAAGGAGGCUCACAACGGCAUCAUCAACAGCAACAAAAACACCAUCACCCACAACACCAACAUCGCGGAGGCCGAGGCCCCCAUUCCUGUGCUGGUUGUUAACAGGAUCGCAUCACAGAAUCACUUCGCCGGGCUCGAGGUCGAGGAGGGACAGGAGGAAGAGGUAACUGGCCAGGGCGAACAGGACCGGAGGAAUCGGGGGAGGAAGACGCUGGUGAUAAGGCGGAUGACGAGGACUCGGAGGACUCGGAGAUGGAAUCGGAGGCGGCCGCGAAAACGGAGGUCAUCAAAAUUGAAAGCGAGGACGAGUCGGUCUUGGAGGACUGCAGCGGAUCCGAUGGAGAGGUGAUUGAUGAGAAUGAGGUGAUGGCGGAUGAAAGAGGUGAACGGAAGGAGAGGUGGCUACGGAGAUGGAGGAAGAGGAGGUGGCGACGGAGGUGGGCGAUGUGGACGAAGCGAGGGAUCGACGAAAGCGGAGAAUGCGGAAGCGACGGACUUAGGGGAAACGAACAGGCUGGACAAUGACGACGACAGCGACGCCACAGCAACCGCCGCCACCGCUUCCGCGAAUCGACGCCGCAUGAACCAACCCCACCUCUGUCACCCGAAACUCUCGCCAAGUCGCUACGCGAGGGGGAGGAGUGGGACAGGAUCAGAGCUAACUGGGUUGAGCAGGCACGACUUGAGCGGGACCAAAGCAUCGAGAGGAGGCUCAACGCUGAAACCCCUCUGGUGCGUCACAACUUUGCCACGUGGGACGAGGACGGUGAGAUACGCUCCAUCAACAUCAGGGGGACCGCUGUGAAGUUCAAGAAGCAGGUGAUGAAGAGUCGCAGACUGCGGCGGACCUCAGUGACCCAAGUGACGAACCGACCGACGCCAAGCGAGUCAUCAUCAAAGGGAAGAGCCGCGUCGUGGUGAAGGAUGGAAUAGAGGGGCGGAGGGUGACGAGGUCGAUGUCGGCGGCAGCGGCGAUGCAGGUCGAGGUGACGAAGGUGGACAGAGGGAAAGGAAGAGGGGUAGCUGAGGAAAAACGAUGGUCCGACCACGAGCCCGAGGACGAUGUCCUGCCCGCCCUUCCCCUCUUUGAGGACGUCACCACCGCCAAGAGCGCCUCGACCUCGACUACCCAUUAAUGAUCAAGCACACCAUCAUCACCUGGAACGUAAGAAGGGGCAUGGGGUCCCGGAAAAACGACGUAAUAUCUACACCUACCUUUCCACAUUCAAAGCUUCCGCGAUUCUCUUACAAGAGCAUUUCAUCAGACCACAAUUCUGGCAGCUCAUCAAGGACGAGUACGAGGGCAAGCUCUUCAUCAACCAGCAUCUGCCGCUCACCCUGACCCGGCCCUACGCGGAGGCCGCGGCGAGCUUUCCUCACCCCACUGCGGCGACCUCGACCUUGGCUCGCUUCGUCUUCGCUCGGGCGCUCACUCAGUGCUCGCAAAAAUCGAAAUUCGAAAGAAAUCAAUAACCUCUACGCGCCCGUUGACCCAAAACAACGAGCAAAAUUCUUCGACAAACUGAUCCUCCACAAAACACAGAAAUCCCACCUCCGACUCCUUGGCGGCGAUCUCAACGACUGCCCGCGCCCAGAAGUCGAUCGGCGGAACCAAAGUCGGCGCGGCCACACUGGCCGAUUCUGAUGGCAAGCUCGACUCGGCCUACACGACUGCAUCCGCUACAAGCACCCCAUCACCCCAUCUUUCACUCGACCUAAUCCCAAUCGCAAGCGACCAACUCCUUCUCCCGGCUUGACUACUUUCUCCUACAAAGAGCUCACCAAAAAAGCUCGGACCAGGCCUCGACGAUCUACGACUAUCCCAAGGAUCUUUCCGAUCACCGACCGUCUUGAUCGUACUGGCUCUCUCAGACGAUCUUGA